AUGGGCGUUAGAGUACUAACGAAUGGUUUGACAGGUAGUAAAUCGGAUAAAUCAGAAUGCUGGAUGUCGCUCAGAGCCCCGGAACUCUUUCGUGUUAUGGAGAAAAUUGACAAGGAAUACGCCUUAGUACGAAAAGACGCCCAAAAAUACAUAGAGAAAAUUGACUUCAAUAAACGUAUGCUUGAGUUAGUGCUGGCCGAAGCCACAGUAGCUUAUCAAGAAGUUUACAAAGCAGGCCCCCUCUAUGCGAGAAUCCCAGGAGGAUUGCCCCUUGGCGGUCCGUGCAUGAUGAAAUUGCCGGACACAGUUCUUUUCUUCCAUCGUAUGAAGCUGCGUAACGACACUUUUCUCCGAGUGAACGUUCUGCACAAUGACAUGGUGAACAUGGUGCUGAGGGCACACCUCUCCGUACAUGGUUUGCACCUGAAGGGCGCUUAUGAUCAUACUACGACGGGUCAAGUGCGAGGCACGCUCGUUCACACACCCACCACUGGUGAACUUGGAAUAUUCCUGGAAGACAUAAAAUACACAAUAGAGGGUCGCUACAGAUUCAUGGGGGACAGACUCGUUAUCGAACUUAUCGUCUCAACUCUUAGUAUCCGAAAUAUGGCGUUAAAGUACCCCAAUGCAACUGACUCCGACCCCCCGGUGCGGCUAUUAAAGAAAAAUAUGGCGGAUUUCAGGACUGGGUUGAAAACUGAUCUAGAUAAGUGGGUGCAGGACUACUUUAAUGGUUACCUUAUAGUAUCGGAUUUACAAGACAUCCCUUCUCUUUGGAAACUUCGAGAAUACGACCAGUAUAAAACAUCUAAAUUAGCAGCAUUUACGGACCUCGCCGUAGCAAGGAUAAAUAAAAGGAUUCUUGAUAUUGGUGGAGACUACAUUCGCGUACCAAAGUUUAAAAUUGUAGCUGCAUACGGACUGGUUAUUAAUAUAUACGAUGGCGCUCUGCGAGGUUUGGACACCAUGUAUAGGAGGUCAGUUGCCACCACUGUUUUUAAGAGAGAUAACCUUCGCUAUGUAGAUGCUAUCAUCGGCUUCAAAGAUUUGGAGGUUUCAUACAGAUACGUUGUUAAUUUCCCGCCAGGGCCAUUGAUGCCACCAUCUCUAACCGGUGUACUUCGUAUGUCUGCUAAGGAUCUCACAGCGCACUUAUCACUAGGCUUAUUAAUGGAUCCAGAAGUUGUGGAAUUAGAUAUUAACUUCAUUAAUCCACCGGGGGCUGAUGACAUAACAAUAGAAGGUGCCGCCAAUAUAUUGAUGUCAAACUUCAAACAUAUACUGCGUUAUGAGAUUGCGACCAUUAUGUCAAACUCUUUGAUGUACGGUGUAGGAUUGCUCAGAACUCUGCCAAGAUGUGAGCCAUUUGUACCUGGUAUGCUUAGAAAUACAACAAAAUUAGGUAAAUUCAACAAAAAGAAAAGUCUUAGUACUUCAUCAAAGAAUAGCGAUGAAGCAAGAUCCAAAGAAUCUAAUUACACACGACCUCAAAGAAGACAUGGCACAACUGUGAAAAUGAUGCUAUAA